AUGAAACCGGCUGUCUUCCCCGGCCCACUCCCCCAGCAGCAGCCGGUGAAACCAGUCUUCCCGGGCCCACCAGCCCUGCAGCAGCAACCGGUGAAACCCGUUUUCUGGGGCCCGCCUGCCCCGGAGCAGCAGCAGCAUCAGCAGCCGGUGAAACCGGUUUUCCCGGCUCCACCCCUGGCGCAGCAGCAACCGGAGAAACCGGCUGGCGCGGGCGGGAACUGGCUCUUAGCCGGUUACCUGGCGCACGAGUUUCUCAACAAGGGCACCUUACUUGGCAAGCCCUGGGACGCCGCCGCUGCCGCCGCCGCCGCCGCUAGGCCGCCAGAUCGCCGCCGGCCGGAGACAACGGAGCAGCAGAGAAGGAAGCCGGCGGCGGUGGCGGCGGCGGCGUACGAGGAGGUGACCCACCUGCUGAAGACGGAGGGGGCCCACAUCCCGGGUGUCGUCAAUCCCAGUCAGCUGGUGCUUUGGCUACAGAUGUGA